CGUUAAAAUAUUUCGUCGCGUUUAAUUAAAGAAAAUAGUACGGUAGUGGGUUUAAAGUUAUUAAAUUAGUGCUUAAUGUGGUAUUAAAGUUAAAGUGCAAAUAGUAGUAAUGAAAUAUUCUCUCGCUCGAAAGUGUUUUGGUGUAAAAAUGCAGAUAAUAGUGGGCCACUCAAUAUACUUUGAAGAUCCGACGCAACCGCCGUAGCUGCAAAAAUUACUAAAAUAUCGGGUUUUAUCGUCAAUUUACAAAGUGUUAAUUAUGAAAUAUACUUGUGAAACUGCGGAUGAUUGCAUUUAUUUGUUAAAAAUAACAGAUUUAAAUGGAAAAUUAAAGUAAGCAUUUGCAUACGCUCGCAUUCAUAAAUGCACAUAUGAAAGGAGAAAAAGAGAAGUGCAAGGAAAUAUAACUGUAAAGUUGCAUCCAUUUUUGUUCAUAUGUUUGUGAAUGAUGAAGAGCAAGAAAACGUCAAAUAUUAAAAAAAAAUGUAAAAUAUAUUCUCGGUUCGUUGUUCGUUUGAAUUUUGUAGCGUUUAAUUAAAAAUAUAGUGCGGUACGGGUGUAAAAAUUAUUAAAAUAGUGCUAAAUGUGACGUUAAAGUAAAAGUUUAAAUAGUAGUAGUGAAAUAAUCUCUCGAUCGAAAGUGUUUUGGUGUAAAAUGAAGAUAAUAGUGAGCCACUCAAUAAACUUUGAAGAUCCGAUACCACCACCGAAGCUUCAGAAAUUACUAAAAUAUCGGGUUUAAUCGUCAAUUUACAAAGUGUUAAUUAUGAAAUAUACGUGUAAAACUGCGGAUGAUUGAUUUAUUUGUUGAAAAUAACAGAUUUAAAUGGCAAAAUUAAAAUGAGCAUUGCAUACGUUGCCAUUCAUGAAUGCACAUAUGAAAGGAGAAAUAGAGAAGUGCAAUGAAAUAUAACUGUAAAGUUGAAUGCAUUUUUGUUACUCCGUUUGUGAAUGAUGAUGUGCAAGAAAACGUCAAAUGUUAAAAAAUUGUAAAAGAUUUUCCCGGUUCGUUGUUCGUUUGAAAAUUUGUAUGGGUUUGUGUAUACAAUUAACGGAAAAAUAAAGUGUUCUUUGUGUUUGCAUUUAGAAAACGAACAUAUCUAAGCAUGGAUACACAUACAUACAUAUGUGAGUACUGUAAAAUAAUGUAUAGAUAAUAAGUAUGUAAUAGUUUUCGCACAAACCAGUACGUACUUUUAUAUAUGAAAAUGUAUCAUUUUUCUAAUGUCUUACAAAAUAUGUGAAAAUUGAGUGGCCGUAAUUUUCUUAUGUGUGUUUAAUUGUGUAAAGUGGUAAAUUCGAGUAUAAAUGACGAAGCGUCGCAGAUUGGAUUUAAAUUAUGUAGCAGCAAUUAAAGUGUUCUGUGUUGUGUUGUGUUCUUGUAGUGAUCAGUAAAGGAAAUGGGCAUAAUUUGCUCACAAUCGAGUCCGUAGCUCGAGUCAAGUUGCAAGUGCGGUUUGCAAAAUGUGUUUUUUAUAGUGUUGUUGUAGCAGUGGCAAGUCAAUUUAAUGGAUUUGUAGUUAUUGCUGUUCACUACAUUUGCCGCUUAUUACUAGCCUAAAUGAUGGUGAUCAUCAGCAGUUGUUGCUGACAGUUGCGAGCAACAAUAAUCAAAAAGUGCUAUUUGGUUGAUGUGAAGUGAAAAGUGUGAUAAAGUGAAGUGCAAAAAGUGAAAUUAAAUUGUGUGAAAAAAGUGUUUUGAAACAUGAUUGGAGCGGAUUCUUUUACAAAAUGGUGUUGCGAAAUUGAAAUCAAAGGAGAAAAUUAAAUCGUUAUUCGCUACAUUUGUACAGCAAUUGUUUUGUCGACACUUUAAUGAGCCUCAGCGGUAUUGUCACAGUGCAUUUGCCUUCGAUUUUUUUCAACGGGAGUAAUUACUUUUAACCUAAAAACUGACUGCCACAUAAACACAGAAACUCACUUAAAAUAGAAAAAUAAAAUAAAAACCAGAAAAACUUUGCUGUGUUCGCAAACCAACAACCUACGCUCGACCAUAACAGCAGCAAAGCCGGCAACCAGCCUGGAGUUGGUGCAUAAGGCAUAUUUAUUGCUUUUUGAAUUUUGGCCAAGUCACAAGAUUACAGUAAAGAAAUAUAAAAAAUGGCUCUACGCCUGCGACGAGAUGUACAAAAAGCAUCCUACUAUGUUUGGUUUCUGGGCGCCGAGGAGGCGAAAGGUUUGCGCGGCACACGUGUCAUCAACUCAGUGCUGCCGUAUCUGAUUGAUCGGUCACGCGGCCAAGAGCCACUCAAGGUGACGCUGCAGGUCUCCCACAAGGGUAUCAAAAUAUUGCAGGGCUCCUCAAAACAUUUCAUACCACACAGUGCCAUAACCAGCUCCGUGCAAACAGAUGAUAUCGUUGCAUGCGUUUUGUUGCUUUAUAAUCCGGCAACAAAAUGUCCACUGCACGUACACGCCUACCGUUGCGAUUCCGAAUCCACAGCCGAGGCGUUGCAUCAACAGCUCCAAAUACUAAUCAAUCGGCCAGAAAAUCAAAAACGCUUUGAGGAAUUGGAAACACGUUUGGGCAUCCUGCCGCCAUUGCCCACGUCCGGCGGCGGCAGCGGCAACAGCAGCAAUGGCAAAUCUGCUGCCCACAUUUCGAGCAAUGGUCACGGCAACGAACACAACAACAGCAAGUCCAAACAUUAUUUGUCACAACAACCGCAGUCACAACUGCUACAUCAGCAACAACAACAACAACAACAGCGCCGCCAUGACUCGUCACCGAAACGAUUUAGCUCGUCGUUGGGCAGCGAUACCGGCAAUAGUACACGCGAAUCCGAAUGCAGCGAAGAGCAUAGCGGCGGUUCGCCCGUUUCGCGUUCACCGCCUGUCACGGCGACCACAAAACCACUGCCACUGCCACAGCCCACUAGCGAGCUAUUCGACUCCUUAGCCGCAGAGCUGCGUGCCAAAUUGAAUGGUAAUGGACCGCCUUUGUUACUGCCGCCACGCGACUACGACACAGUGCAUCGUUCCAAGGGUAAUUUGACGGCCAUCGAGCUGCGUCGCUGUCGUAAUGCAUUGAUUGUGGGCGGCGCUACACCCAAUGAGACAGCAGUGCCUGUCGGUGGCAAGCAGGUUUCUUCGCGCGGCUCAUCGGGCAUCGGUUCCGAUUUGGCGCCAAGCCCAGAGCGGCAGGAUUUAAAUAGUUCGAGUGAGGAUGAGCAGUGGUCUAAUGAAGCGGAUAACUCAGUAAUCGCGCUCAAACCGUCACAGAUCGCUAUGGAACGAUCACCGCCCAUAAUUCCACAUCAUCCGCAGUUAAAUCGCAAGAGCGCCGUUCAACCACCAGAGGAUAGUUAUUUGCGGGAUUUACCUGCUAAGCCCUAUACGCCGCGUCAAAGCGCGCAUCGCGAGAAAAUUGCUGGACCUCCACACGAACGCGAUUCACGUUCGAAGACCCCGUCGAGCGCGAGCUGGUCGCGCGAGGAUGAAAUCAAGCCAAUCAUAAUGCGUCCAGCUGAUUACGAUGCGAAAUUUAAUCGCGUCAUGCAGGCCGAGACCAAACAGGAUUAUCAUCGCCGCGCCGAUGGUGGCGGUGGAGGCGGCGGCGGGGGUGUUAGCAGCAAUCGCGAACGUGAGCGCGAGCGCGAGCAUCCAAAACUGCGCGACACUGAUAAAUACAAUGAAAUCAAUCGUUUAUUAAACAAAAAACUUUCACUGGAACGUGAAACGCCAGAUCCGCGAUUUGCCAAACACAAACCAGAUGAUGGCGAGGACUUUAAUGACUCGGAUCCGGCUAGCGAUCAUAUGCCCGUACAUCCGUCCUCCAACUAUCGCAAGGAAAACUUAACAGAUAAACAGAAGUUCAUCGAAUAUGCCGCAAAGAAGCAUUCCAAGUCAUUUGCUGUCGACGAAGCACAGCGCUAUGGGGGUCGUCAUCGUUAUGUCGAUCCAGCCGAUCUGCCUUUUGAACAAACCGCAAGCCAUAACAAAUAUGCAGCUGCUCAUCGUACUACACACUCGCCAGAGCGUUCAGAAUUAAGCCACACUCGCAGUAAUGAACGCGAGCGAGAGCCAGAACGUUUGCGCGAACGGGAAAGGGAACGUGAACGCGAGCGAGAGCGUGAACCCGAGCGCAAGCAAUAUUCGCGCAGCAAUGAGCGUAAUCCAUACCGCGAACCUGAAAGCCUACCCUACAUACAAAGCAUGGAGAAGAUGAUGAAGUCAUCCGCCAUGCGUUACAAGGCUUUUGAUGGGACAGUGGAGCCGGCGACAGUAGCGCCAACGAAGGAAGAGCUGCACACGAAACUCAGUUCACAGCAUAGCAAAUCAUCGUACACAAAGCGGCUCAAUGAUGAGGGACGGCCACUGGAAUAUGCACCCUCAAAUGGACGACCCGAUGUCACACCCAAGGAUCGUUUCAAAGAUGCCAAGGACAAAUUCCGCGCUAUGGAACGCACCGGCAGUCGAUACGAUCUGGCCGAAGAGAAAGACAUGACCGAUUAUAGACCACGACGAAGAGGCUCAGUAGAGCGCGCAGAUGGCGGACGUUCAUAUGCCGACUGGAGUGAUGAGGAGCGCCUCGAUGACUCGCCCCCACCGCAACCAAUCGCUGCACGUUCGCGCUCACGAUCACGCGGUCAACUGUGGGAGGAGAGCAACAUGCCACCACCACGCGAAAUGAUGCCGCCACGUGAACAUCAUUUGCGCGAACAUGUCCGAGAGCGCCCAUUCCAAGAGUACGCGCCAGAUAUGCGUGCGCCACGGGAAUCAGCAGGCAAACGACCCGACGCGCAUCGCAUAAUGCGUGAACGCUCCAGCGACAUGACAGAUGGUCGUGAUCCCUACCGUGAUGCUUACCGGUAUGAACAGCGCGGCGCCCUACGUGAUCACUCACGUGACGCGCCACAUGUACGCGACGAACGCGAACGCGAGCGACAUCGCGAACCAUUGAGACGUGAGUACUCGCCUGAUGUGCGCGCAGCAGGUCCGCCAGAUCACCGCGCGAAUCGCCGACCAGCUGAAAAACAUACAGAUUACUAUCCUUCACCCACACCGCCACCACCCACAACCGGUGCGCCGAUACCGAAUACAAAGGGUAUCGCCAAUCUUACAAAAGGCUAUCGUCACAGCUAUGCGGAGCCGGUGUUUGCGCGCGCCGGUGGGCGCGUAGGCUUGGCGGCCGUGAACCCAUACUAAAAAAGGAUAUCGAAAAUGCGGUUUAGGGUUUAUUUGGAAAUACAUACUUGAUUUCACUGUAAUAUUACUAAUAAUAUACUAAUUUAGCAUAAGUAUUGAAAAGCAGAGAAAUUUUAAAGCAGCAUGGCAGCAAGUAUUUGGUAAAUUGUUUGCAGUCAAUGAACAAUUUGUAAUAUGUGAAAAGCUAUUUGAAAUUUCUUUAAUAUUUUUAAUCAUAUAUUGUAUCAAAUUUAUAAAUAAUCGACGUAUUUACUUAUUUCCAGCUGUUUAGAGCGCUAAAAAAUGUUUUAAGCAUUGCUGGAAUAUAUAAUAUGUAUGUCUCUAAAAGUUUAGUCAAAACAAGAAAAUCAUUACCGAUAAUGUGCCUUUUUAUACGAACAAGCUAGUUAAAUUUAUCGAGAAAUCAACGAAAAUUAAUUAAAUUAAAAAUAUUGCAAAUUGUUAUAUAGAUACGUACUCGCAAAUAUUUAAAUUCAUGUAUGUAUCCAUAUUUAAUAUCUAUAUGUAUGUAUUUUUGCAGUAAUUUUUAUAAAACGUCAAAAAUUGUACCCACAUUUUACAAUAUUUCUGCAUAAAAUGUAUGUAUUAUCUAUAUUUUUCUUCAAUCGAUUUGAUUAGUUGUUACUUUGAAGAAAAAAUGUUAUUUUACAACCUAAAUUUUCAAUAAAGAAGUCUAGUUGAUAUAUCUAAUCCAUUUA